CGGUCACGUGACUGGGGUUGGGAUCGGGGCGCUGGGGCGGCCUGAGAGAGGCCCGUCAGUGGCGGCGGCGGCGGCGGCGCUGCUGCUCCCGCGGCGGGCGAGAGGGGAGGAGGCGGCGACGGCGGCCCGGUCCGUCUGGAUGAGGGUCCUUCCUCCUCCAGGCCACCUAUGAUCCACCCUUCCCUUAUUUUUCAAAAAAAAAAAAAAGAAAGAAAUGGAUGACAAGGCCUCGGUGGGCAAAAUCAGCGUGUCUUCAGAUUCGGUCUCGACUCUCAACAGCGAAGAUUUUGUCUUGAUUUCCAGGCAAGGAGACGAAACCCCCUCCACCAACAACGGCAGCGAUGAUGAAAAGACGGGGUUGAAGAUUGUCGGAAAUGGGAGCGAGCAGCAGCUGCAGAAGGAACUGGAAGACGUCCUAAUGGAUCCCCCUAUGGAGGAUCCCUCCCAUGACCCGGAGGGGGAGGAAGAGAGCCCCUCCCAGGACGGAGAGGUGGAUGAGCCGGUUCUCCUCGAGGCCUCUGCCUCCUCCACCAUCAACCCCGUGUCCAUGACGGGACCCUCCAAGCCAGAAAUGAGGCUCCCGGUGAAGCCAUCCCAGGGAGAUUCGGAGGAUUCCAGUCCCUUCACCCCAGUGGCUGACGAGGACAGCGUGGUCUUCAGCAAACUCACCUACUUGGGCUGCGCCUCUGUCAAUGCCCCACGGAGCGAGGUGGAGGCCCUGCGGAUGAUGGCCAUCCUGCGCAGCCAAGGCCAGACCUCUGUGGACGUGACGCUCUCUGUGCCAAACGUGUCCGAGGGCACCGUGAGGUUGCUGGAGCCUCCAACGAACACCGAAAUCGCCAACUAUCCCAUUUACAAGAUCCUUUUCUGCGUGCGAGGUCACGAUGGGACUCCGGAAAGCGACUGCUUCGCUUUCACGGAAAGCCAUUACAACUCGGAGCUCUUCAGAAUCCACGUCUUCCGAUGUGAGAUCCAGGAAGCUGUGAGCCGGAUCCUGUACAGUUUUGCCACCGCUUUUCGCCGUUCUGCCAAGCAAGUCCCGCUCGCGGCCCCCAUUACUCCAGAGAUGCCGGACAGCGACAUCUUCACCUUUUCGGUCUCCCUGGAAAUCAAGGAGGACGAUGGGAAAGGCUGUUUCAGUGCUGUUCCGAAGGACAAAGACAGGCAGUGCUUCAAGUUACGGCAAGGGAUCGACAAGAAGAUUGUCAUCUACGUGCAACAGACCACUAACAAAGAAUUGGCCAUUGAGAGAUGUUUCGGCCUCCUUCUCAGUCCCGGGAAAGACGUGCAGAGCGGAGACAUGCAUUUGCUGGAUUUGGAGUCCAUGGGAAAAAGCUCGGAUGGGAAAUCGUACAUCAUCACUGGGAGUUGGAACACCAAGUCUCCACACUUCCAAGUAGUGAACGAGGAAACGCCCAAAGACAAGGUGCUCUUCCUGACCACAGCUGUGGAUUUGGUGAUUACAGAGGUGGAGGAGCCCGUCCGCUUCCUCCUGGAGACCAAAAUCCGUGUCUGUCCCCCCAACGAAAGGCUCUACUGGCCUUUCAGCAAGAGAAGCUCGACGGAAAACUUCUUCCUAAAACUGAAGCAGAUCAAGCAGAAGGACCGAAAGACCAGCACCGACACGCUCUACGAAGUGGUGUGCCUGGAGAGCGAAGCCCAAAGGGAAAGGAGGAAAACCACUGCCAGUCCUGCCAUCUGCCUCCCCCAGUCCGGCUCCCAAGGCUCUAUGAUCCCCUCCCCUCCUGAGGAUGACGAAGAGGAAGAUAACGACGAACCCCUGCUCAGCGGCUCGGGCGACGUCUCUAAAGAGUGUGCGGAAAAGAUCCUGGAGACGUGGGGAGACCUCCUUUCCAAAUGGCACUUGAACCUGAGCGUGCGGCCUAAGGCCUUGUCUGCGUUGGUGAGGAGCGGCGUCCCCGAAGCUCUGCGGGGCGAGGUGUGGCAGCUCCUGGCAGGAUGCCACAACAACGAUUUCCUGGUGGAGAAGUACCGGAUUCUCAUCACAAAGGAGUCUCCCCAGGACAGCGCCAUCACCCGAGACAUCAACCGGACCUUCCCUGCCCACGACUACUUCAAGGACACCGGAGGAGACGGUCAGGACUCGCUGUACAAAAUCUGCAAGGCCUAUUCUGUCUACGAUGAAGAGAUUGGCUACUGCCAGGGUCAGUCUUUCCUGGCUGCGGUGCUGCUCCUACACGUUAUUUUUAAACACUUUCACAAAGUUGGACGAACGGGGGUCAGCCUCUCCGUUUCCUCCCCGUUUCUCUUCCAGGAGUACAGCCCCGACCUCUACAGCCACUUCCUAGAUAUCAACUUAGAAGCUCACAUGUAUGCCUCCCAGUGGUUCCUCACCCUUUUCACCGCCAAGUUCCCCCUCUACAUGGUCUUCCACAUCAUCGACCUGUUGCUGUGCGAGGGCAUCAGUGUUAUUUUUAACGUCGCCCUUGGAUUAUUAAAAACCACCAGGGAGGACUUGCUGCUGACGGACUUCGAGGGGGCUUUGAAAUUCUUCCGAGUGCAGCUGCCCAAGAGGUAUCGCUCGGAGGAGAACGCCAAGAAACUGAUGGAGUUGGCGUGUAGCAUGAAGAUUAGCCAAAAGAAGCUGAAGAAAUACGAGAGAGAAUAUCACACGAUGCGGGAGCAACAGGCUCAGCAGGAGGAUCCCAUUGAAAGGUUUGAGAGAGAAAACCGACGCUUGCAAGAAGCCAACAUGAGGCUGGAGCAGGAGAACGACGACUUGGCCCACGAGCUGGUGACCAGCAAGAUCGCCCUGCGGAAGGACUUGGACAACGCGGAAGAAAAAGCCGACGCGCUGAACAAGGAACUGCUGAUGACCAAGCAGAAGCUGAUAGACGCCGAGGACGAAAAGAGGCGGCUGGAGGAGGAAUCGGCUCAGCUGAAGGAGAUGUGCCGGAGGGAACUGGACAAGGCCGAGUCCGAGAUUAAGAAAAACAGCUCGAUCAUUGGAGACUACAAGCAGAUCUGCUCCCAACUGAGCGAGAGGCUGGAGAAGCAGCAGAUAGCCAACAAAGCUGAAAUUGAGAAAAUCCGGCAUAAAGUCGACGACUGCGAACACUGCCGGGAGUUUUUCAACAAAGAAGGGCGGUUGAAGGUGGCCAGCAUCGCCCGGGAAGGCUCCGACGAAGACACCGACGAGGAGAAGGAGGUGCUGAAGAACCAGUUACGAGAAAUGGAGCUGGAACUGGCCCAGACCAAGUUGCAACUGGUGGAAGCCGAAUGCAAAAUCCAGGACCUGGAACACGACCUGGGACAGGCGCUGAACGAGGUGCAGGCCUCGCGCAAAACCUGGUUCAACCGAACGCUGAGCUCUAUAAAGACAGUGACCGGCGUCCAAGGGAAAGAGACGUGCUGAAGAAGCCGGGUAGCAACCUCGGAGGGCUCCCGGGGCCUCCCGAUAUACCUUCUGCCUUCCAGAGCUUGUCUUGGCCGACCGACCGCGGGCAAGAGAGGACCAGAUGUACAUAGGACUCCCGAAACACACCGCACGGCGGCGGGUUUUUUUUUCUCUCUCCCCCACCCCCCACAGGCCGGACACCCAAGCCGGACACGCGGCUUAUAACGCGAUGAGGGAUCUUCAUACUACUGAUUAUUUAACCGGGGGGGGGGGGAGGGGGGUGGUGUAGCUGUAGGCGGGGGCUUGUCCCCCCCCCCCUUUCUUUUUCCAGAGAAAAACGGUGGUCUGCUCCAUUCCGCAGUCCGUUUGGAGGCGCUAGGUACGAAGAAUUGACCGCCUUCUUCUCACCUAACCGAGUUUACAAGCGAGUGCUUCCCCCCCACCCCCCAGCCCCCUUCGGUUUUAUUUUUGUUUUUUACAGUUCCAACUUUUUAAAAAGGCUCCAUUCGAGAGGAAGAAAUGGGAAACCAAAACCGCCAACCCUCCAGCGUUCUUUUGACAAAAAAAGUCGCAACUCUUCUCGCCCGAGAGCGCGGGCAUGCGCGCGCGAGAGAGAGAGAGGAAGCGGAAGGUUUUCCCCGCUCCUUCCAAGUAGGGGGCUUGCAUGGUUUAACUUUUCAGAAACGGGACUCACGCGCCCCGCUCCCCAAUGUGUGUGUGUGUGUGUGUGUGUGUGUGCGUGUCCAGUCCUGCCCCCACCACCCCCAAACCUGGUCUCUUUCUCAUCUGUCCAGCGCUUAGUUCUCCAUCAUGAAAUAACUUCUAUGCAACUCAGCGGGAUUGGGGGGCUGUCCUAAGGCAACCGCUUCCCCCCGGCCUCCUCCUUCCCCCACCACACCCCGGGGAAGACCUCCUGCUCCUGAACGCAAGCUGAGAUUCGACGACUCCGUUUCAUCAGGGUCCGUUUUAUACAUAGGCGGGUGCGCGGCUCGUGUUGCGUGAGCUUACAACCCGCCCGCCCGCCCGCCUUCCUCAAGCUUCCUCCGGGCUCCGCUUCGCUCCCGAGAAAAGUCGAGGAAGGCGGAAAGCCGCCUCUCCUUUGCCGCUUCGGAUUUGGGGCCUCCCGGUGCAUCCACUCCAAAAUGGUUGCUCGGCUCUUGACACGAGAAUCAUUGACCUCCAUUUUGCUUUUAUCUCCGUUUUUUUUUUGGGGGGGGGAUGAGUUUUUUUCCUGCCUGCAGAAAACAGGUAGGAGCGAGAUACAAACAGCCUGGGAAACAAGGGGAGCUUCAUUUUUGACCACUGUUGCUGCUGCUGCUAAACUCACCUUCUGCCCUGACUCCUUGAGGGCCAGGCUUCACGUUCCCCCCCUUCCCCAUCAAACACUCCCCAAUUUUUGUAACUACACACAAGUAGGUGAUAACGCUACUUUUAAGGCUUCGAAGGGCCGUAGAGCAGGGCUCUCCAUCCUUGGCAACCGUUGCUUGAAAGACUUGUGGACUUGCAACUCCCAGAGAAUUAAUCCUUGGCUGAGGAAUUCUGGGAGUUGAAUUGAACAAGUCUUGAAAAGCUGCCAAGGGUUGCAGCGUCCAAACCUCGCACCAGGAAAGCUGAAGAAUGAAUUUGUUAUCCUUUUUUUUUUCUUCUUCUUCUUCUUUUGUUGGCACCUUUUUAUUUAUACCGAUUUAUCCAAUGCUGAAGUAGCUGGGUUGUUUUGUUUUUAAAUCCGCAGAUGAACUUAACCGUGUGCAGUGUGUGUGAGUGUAGGCCGGUUAACCCCUCCGAGGCACUGUUUGUAUAUAAAGAUAAUUUUUAUUCCCAAGCUCUUCCUUUUCUCCUCCUCCUCCUCCUCUUUGACCCGAUCUAACGCUAGCUUGACGCAAACUGAGAUCAAGAGGUGAAGCCAUCUCCCCCUCCCCCGAGCGCUCACGAUUUCUCUCCCUUUAAACUGUAUACAUGAGUAUCUUUCUUGUUUAAUAAUAACGAGGACAAAAAAAACAAAAAACAAAGCCAACCUUUACAAUAUUACUGUAACUCCAUUGAUAAUAAAGCAAAAAUAAAAACGUGUGGACCUUGUGGUAGAAUAGUUGCGUGUAGCAUUUUGGAUUGACCUAUAAACUUAGUAAAACGGUUAUUCA